AUGUGUGGUGUUGCGGGUGUACUUCUGGGCGACCCGAAAGCUGCCACGGCCGCCGUCGAUCUCUACGAGUCUCUCUUCUACCUGCAGCAUCGUGGACAGGAUGCUGCAGGCAUCUCCGUCUGCUACGGCGGUCGCGUUUAUCAAUGCAAGGCCAAUGGUAUGGCCCAAAGAGUCUUUAGUCACAUUGCUGACGGAAACGCAUUGAUUGAGAAUCUGCCGGGCUGGUGUGGCAUCGCGCAUCUACGUUAUCCCACCGCGGGCACCUCCUCUGCAGCCGAGGCCCAGCCAUUCUUCAUAAAUAGUCCCUACGGCGUGUCCAUGUCCGUCAACGGGAACCUCAUCAACUCCGACUACCUCCGCGAGUUCCUGGAUACCGAGGCACGACGGCAUGUAAACUCUGAUUCCGACUCGGAGCUCCUGUUGAACAUAUUCGCAAACUCGCUCCACGAAUUGGGAAAGCCACGGGCAAACAAGGACGACAUUUUCACCGCACUUCGCGACGUGUACGCAAAGUGCAUUGGGGCUUUUGCCUGCACUGCCAUGAUUACGGGCUUCGGAAUUCUCGGUUUCAGAGAUGCCAACGGCAUACGGCCUCUUUGUCUUGGAUCACGACAGUCGCAGACGCUGGGAGGAGCAAAGGACUACUUUCUCGCAUCAGAGUCUGUUGCCCUGAGGCAGCUUGGCUUCACCGACGUUGUGGACAUUCUUCCAGGGCAGGCUGUCUUUAUCGAGAAGGGCGGUGUUGCCCAUUUUCGCCAAAUCGUCGAGAGAAGAUCCUACACGCCGGACAUUUUCGAAUAUGUUUACUUUUCAAGGCCCGACUCACUGGUCGAUGGAAUCUCUGUCCAUCGCAGUCGGCAAAACAUGGGAGCCAAGCUUGCAACAAAACUGAAGAAAACGCUGGGCGAAGGCGGAAUCAAGGAGAUUGACGUCGUCAUCCCCGUCCCGGAAACGUCAAAUACCGCGGCGGCUACUCUGGCGAGCUGCCUCGGCGUCGAAUUCUCGUCCGCCUUUGUCAAGAACAGAUACGUCUAUCGCACAUUCAUCCUGCCCGGCCAAGAUGCCAGGAAGAAGGGCAUCCGGCGGAAGCUCUCGCCCAUCGAGUCCGAGUUCAAGGGCAAGAGUGUCUGCAUAGUAGACGACUCGAUCGUGCGAGGAAACACUUCGCGCGAAAUCGUCCAAAUGGCCAGGGAAGCCGGGGCCGCUCGCGUCAUCGUGGUCUCGUGCUCUCCUCCCAUCAGCCACCCGCACAUCUACGGCAUAGAUCUGGCCGACCCCACGGAACUCGUGGCGUACGGGAGGACCGCCGACGAGAUUGCGCGGCACAUCAACGCCGACAGCGUCAUAUUCCAAGACCUGGACGACCUGAAUGCGGCGUGCGUCGAGGCAGCCAACGGCGACGGCGACGGCGCAGUGCAAGACUUUGAGGUGGGGGUGUUUUCCGGAAAGUACGUGACGGAGAUUCCCGAGGGCUACUUUGAGCACCUCGUCAGCCUGCGGGGGAAGAAAGGCAAGGGCAGGCCCUUGAAUGUGAACGGCGGGCCCGUUCAGGCGGCGGGCCCGGGGAAGGCUCACGCCGCGGAAUCAGUCUCUGCUAGCCGGGAGUAUCCUGACGACAUCAACAUUCACAAUCUUGCCGGUGGGCGGCCGUCUUGA